AUGACCAGCCUGAGACAUCUGAAGAUAAAAAGCUGUACGAGACUUCCUCGCAUGCCAGAUGAUAUUGGGGAAUUGAUAAAUCUUCAGAGCUUGCUAAUAUUUAUAGUUGGCCAAACACGGCAGGCUGACAUUUUUUCAGUUACUAAGCCUACAGAAUCUCUUGAUGUUGACGAACAUAAGCUGAAUGGUAGCGUGAGAGGACCGAGAAGCCAAACAGGGUACCGUCAAAGUGCUGAAGAUGCAGAGGAACUACUUCGAACAAUAUUGAAGCCAAACUCCAGGAUAGAUAAGUUGUUCUUAAAUGGCUAUCCAGGAACUCAGUCUCUAGAUUGGAUGAAUUCAUUCACCCUCUGCAAUCUUAUAGUACUUGAAGAUUUUCCCAAGUUGAGAACCUCAGGCACAAAUCCGGUGGACAGAUUGGCUUGCGUGAACAAAUUAACUAUCAUCAACUGCCCAGUUUUGAUCACCAUGCCAUGGUUUCCAUUUCUUCAACAUGUAGAGGUGAGGAACUGCCCCCUAGUGAUGGUUGGAUUCGUAGCACAGCUACAAUCACUCUCCACUCUUGUCAUUGACAAUUUUCCGGAGUUACUCAAUAUAUCAAAAGCACUCAUGGAAAACAAUUUGCUUCUUUCGUCUUUGACAAUAUCCUCUUGUCCCAAACUUCAGUUCAUUGCCUGCAAAUUUUGGAGAACUCCAGAAUUUGAAGUUGAUAAAAAUUUUGUUGGUUUCAGGAUCGAGACUCUUUGCCACAUGUGGAUUCGAGAAUCUCACUUCUCUGGAGACCUUGGUGAUUAUUGA